GGCGAAGUAGGUAGUUCGACAAAUGUACUUUGCUGUUCUCACUAUCCUCAACAGUGUAAACCUUGCCGUUGCUGUCGUCCAUGCCAAUCUUAAUCACCCGUGUCUUCCUCCAAUACAUUCCGAUGAAGUCGGUGUCAGCACUGCAGCAGAAAGAUUCUUUGUUGGUGCAAACUGACGUUGCAUUACAUUGGUUUUAUUUUGAAAGACGUUACGAAUGCGUGACCAUCGCACUUUGGCGUCCAUAACGUUAAUAAACUAUCGCACUUUGGCGCAGACCACCGCACUUUGGCGUCCGUAACGUUAAUAAACUAUCGCACUUUGGAGCGACCAUCUCACUUUAGAGUCUUACAUUGUUACAGAUGUAUUUAUAUACCUGUCAGAUUAAAAUUUCCUAGGCGCAUUAGGUUUAUUUUCCCCAUACAGCAAUAUUCAUCACCGAAAGGAUUUUUCUUGUUUUAGAUACGAGUAUCUUUUUAAUUAGACGGUGCAUUAACCGCCCAAUGGGACGGAAAACAUUGGCGAAUCGCACUGGUGUUAUCUUUUUACAUGUCCAGUAGGAGGGGGAGAUUAUUAACAUGUUCUUUGCCACUAUAAAGGAAAAGAUUGCGUUUUGAACCUCUGAUGUCUAAAUAUCCAUGGAUACAGUGCAUGCCAGCAGUCCUCUCUCUAAUUGAUAUCGAUCCCAUCGAUUGACAUUUAUUGCUGUUUUAAAACAAAUUAAUGAGAAAGGUUACGAUUUAAAUCAAUUAUAGGAGAAAGUAAAGAAAAUUAUGCCUGGUUAUCUAAAUGGUUUUUUAUUGGACGAUGUUCAGUUUAUAGGAUUUUCGUUCAAAGGUUACCAUUUCAGCGCAUUAUAGCGACCGUGUGGAUUAUUUUAUUGAAAAUUUUUCUUAAUCCGUUUACAAGCGAGUACACAUUUUCAUUUUGUCCGACAGAUCGGGGAAUAUCCUGCCGUAUUUAAAAACUAGCUUAGGGACUCUCCUGUUGAGCUGCUAAGUAGUGAUUUGAAUACAUUCCGUGCGCAUGAUGCGUUUUUAAAAUUCAGUAGACGCAUCAUGGAUAACUGUGACUGAAAUAAACGUGAUUCGAUUUCAAUCGAAAAAUAAAUAUUAGGGGGAAAAGAAACGAGCGCAUAUUACAAGAAGUUCUGGUAUACAAGUUUACCAAGUUUAAAAGGAACGUGAAAAUCCCUUGAAUAUUUGCCAUGACCACGGAUUUGAGAAAGGAAUCCAUUCCCAUCGUGGUGACAGACGAUGUUCCAGACCUGUCAGCGAACAGGAAUUCCAGAAAACCGUCCAUCAAACCAGCUGGGGGCCGUCGGAAGUCCAUCAUGAAAUUGUCCGGAACCACCGCUUUAACGGGCCGCCGCCUUACUAAGGCCCUUCUAGAUCUCCCAGAGGAACAAAACAGCGUGGCCACCAAACCCAAAAUCCGCAUGGAGAAUACCUACAAAAUGGCCCCAGAUGAAGAUAGCACAUUCUUGCCAUGGAAAGUACGAAAUACCGUCAAGGAUAUUUUCCAGGAACAGUUAAAGGAUGUAUCGUAUGACAAUAAGACUGCCAGUAAACUGUGCUGUGAUCUUGCCCAAAUGAUUCGGAAUAAGGUGAGGAAUAUGGAGUUUCCCCGAUAUAAGAUUAUUUGUAAUGUGAUCGUUGGACAGUGUUCGGAGCAGGGUUUGGAAGUGGCCAGUCGGUGUCUCUGGGACGCAAAAUCAGACAAUUAUGCUUGCAUUGAAUACAAAAACCACUCUCUGUUUGCCAUCGCCAUGGUUCACGGGGAAAUGGGACAGAUCCUGAGACGUCAUUUAGAAUCACAGAAUGGAGAUGAGAACAAUCAGGUGGUGGCCUCAGGCUUUCCUGAUUUGGCUCACCUACCACCAGAACUCAGCAUGGCUAUCCUCUCCCACUUGGGUGCUACAGAUCUAUGCUUAGCUGCCUGUGUAUGGGAUAACUUGGCAAACGAUGAAGUCUUAUGGAUGGGGUUAUGCAAGACAUCAUGGGGAUAUGCUAGUAUUUAUAAUUACAUUAAACAGCCCCUCAGACUGUCAUACAAAAAGCUCUACAUGUUGUUAGAUGAGGCAUCCCUUACAUUCAAUGGCAAUCCAUUUGAGGGAGAAGAGUAUCUAUUCAAAAGAGGCAUUAUGGAAAACAAUGCAUUAGACAUGGCAAAAUUCUUACACUUCACCAAUAAAAUAAAGCCAGAUAAAAAGAGAGAAUAUCUAGACAAGAGGAGAGAUGUUUUAGACCACCUUCUGCAACUGCAAAACUUUCAAAACCAGUUUUUACCCAAUGCCCUCCGAAAUCUGUUUUGCAACAUCUCUGCCCCAAACAACAGAGGAGAAUACUUGACAGAGGUCAUCGACAAAUUUUCAAAUCGAUUUUGCCACUGUAAUCCUGAACUAGGACUAGAUAAAGAUACGGUCUUUGUUUUAUGCUUCUCCUUGAUCAUGCUUUCGGUGGACUUGAGCAGUCCUGCUGUGAAAAACAAAAUGUCCAAGAGAGAAUUUAUUAAGAACACCCGCCGAGCCGCACACAAUGUAGAUGAUGACUUAGCUGGUGACCUUUACGACAACAUCUACCUUAUAGGUCAUGUAGCAACAGAUACAUGACCCUUGUUGGUAUGGCAAUAACCUGCUCAGCCAAAACAGACUUAUAAUUUAUAUAUUACUGUAAUCACUAUAUAUCCCAGUAAAUAGGAAUGUUGAUCAGAACCUAUAAAUCAGAAAAUCAUUGGCAACACAGGGACGGAUCCAGGAAAAUUCAUGGGUGUGUGUGUCUGUGUGUGUGUGUUAUCUCAGUUGGUACCUACACUGGUCAUAAAAGAUUGUUGCGGGCCUUUGUUUUUGUCAAUAUUCUCCAACCAAAAAAAGGGUGGGGGGUGCAAAUACCUUAUAGACCCACCACUGAACAUUUAUGACAGUUUUAGACAAUAGGGCUAUUUCAUGCUCCAGGCAAAGAAAGUCAAAGUGGUGUAUCAUUGUUUACCAUCAUGAAAGAUGUUGUACACAUACUGUCAAUUAAUGCCAGCUUGAAAAGUGAUUUUUGUUUGUUAAAAAGCAAUAAAGACCUACAUGACAGUGUCUGAUAUAUAGAAUAAUGUAAAUUACCAUUUUCCUCCAAAUAAGUGCCCCCCCCCCCCCCCCCCUCAUUAGUUUUUCAAUGGAAUUUAUAGAUAUACAGAUGCACAUUUAUGCAAUAGGAAGACCAUUAUGCUUGUGUAUCAUACUAUAUGUAAUUUGAUAAUAUAACAAUUGUCUGAGUUGUAUUGAUACUCAUUUGGAGGAAUACAGUAAUAGCCAUUAUUAUUUUGUUUUGUACAUGUAUAUAUAAUAUCCAGUUGUUGAUUAUUACAUAUUAUUUAUUUUAUUAGCAUUCUGAUUGAACAAAUGUUCAGGGACGAGGGGUGGGUAAUCUCCCCUGCAGUUCUGUUGAUUGCACUUCAGUUGUACUUCUCACUGAAAGUUUGUUUCUAUUGUAAACUCAUCUUUUUUUUGUUUUUGUUAUAAUGCAUUAAGAGUUUUCAUAUUGCCCCUAAAUGCAAUUUUGUUUAGAAGUGACAGUGAUACUACUCAUUAUCUUGAUAUAUUGUUGAGGAAGAGCUGUAUAUGCAUGUACAAAUAUAGUAUUUUUAUGUCCCCAUAUCAAAGAUGGGGGACUUAAUUGUUUUUGUCUUGUCUGUCUGUCACUUUAACCUUGUUCAGAACUUUUGAAUGGUGAGUGAUAAUCCUCUCAUGUUUGACGUGUUCAUUCCUUGUGACAAUACCCUUCUUUGGAUACUAAAGUUUUUUUUUUUAUCUUGGAGCUUGACCAACAUUUAGGAAGAGUUGACCCAAGCAAUAUCUCCUAAACUAUUUAAGGUAUAUUUUGUUUAUAGAUUCCUUAUGAAAAGACCUCUCAUUUGAUACCAUGAUCUUUGACCUUGUGACCUUGAUCUUGGAGUUUGACCCAAAUUUCAAAAUAUUAACUAAAUCUUUAAUCUUGUUUGUGUCUAUUGAAUAGUGAGUGGAAGGGGUCAUGUAUUUCAUAAUGUGUAUUCCUUGUGACUAACCUUUCAUUGGAUACCAAAGUUUUUUACUUUUUGACCUUGGACUUUGACUUACUUUUAAGAUAGGUUAACCAUGUCAAUAUUUCCAGAAUUAUGAAAUUAAGGCUUUCAUAGUCUUAUGACAGGACCUUUCAUUUGUUUCUUUAUUGCUACUGGGGGCAUAGUGUUUCACAAAGAUCAUUUUUAAAUUUCACUAGAAGUAGGUUGUGACCUAAAGGAAAACAUUUACACAUUUCUGUAUUUCAGUGACUGUACUUAUGUUAGCAUAGAGAUAAAUAAGAUAAAUAUUAUGAUAAAUUUGGGGAAAAAUAAAUAUGAUUAAAUGUAGACAAGAUUGUUAUCGGAGGGCAUAGCCUUCCCUUCGUAAGUCAUAAUGCUAAGAUUUCAGUCGCCCUGUGAAUUUUUAACUGUGAGCUUACUGUAACAGUAUAAUUGUCAAUCGUAUAUUUAACAGAGGCAGCUUACUUGUAUGUAUAUACAUGGUUAGAUAUUUGAUAUAAAAUAUUUGUUAUGACCUUUUAAUUAAAGAGUAUUAGGAUAUGAAAGCAGUAAAUUAUCUUUUGUGCUAAUUUUACUUUUAUACAAUGUGAUACUGGGGAAUAGUCCAUUAAGAAUGUUUUAGUGAACAUCUUGUUUUGUAAGCAGGCAAAGCAACACAGUUAUAAUCUGUUCUGUUAUACAGUGGUAGCCUUUCUUGUCACUCUGUUACUUUGCACUUUUUGUUUAUAGUUCUGCAGCUACUCUGUAAUCAACCUUUUGUACAUUUACAAUGGCAAGUAAAACCAUGUUUGUUUAAAUGAA